AUAAUAGAGAUCACUCGGUGCAGAGAGUAGGGAGGUAAAAAAUUUGAGCUUCCAAUCAGAAUUAUGACUGGAGUAGUGGGAUUUUUAAAAUGUCUCUUUUCAAUUGUCUUAAUCUUAUCAAUUAGAGAAGCCAAUGCCGGAAACUUCCAUUUCAGGGAGGCGCCAAAGUUCUACAACUCUCCUAAGUGUCCCUAUGUUCACUAUAACCCCACUCCCGCCGCCAAGAUUUGCUCGGACAAUGCAGUACAUGUAGCAAUGACCCUAGACGCAUCUUACAUCCGGGGAUCCAUGGCUGCCAUUCUUUCAGUCCUUCAACACUCGUCUUGCCCGGAAAAUAUGAUCUUCCACUUUGUGGCAUCGGCCGCCGCCGACUCCUUACAUCUCAACCUCACAAUUGCAAACUCAUUUCCCUACCUUCAGUUCAAUAUCUAUCCUUUCGAUGAUUCGCCGGUGGCGGGAUUGAUAUCUACUUCGAUUCGCGCUGCACUAGAUUGUCCACUCAACUAUGCGCGUAACUAUCUCGCUGAUCUGCUCCCGAAAUGCGUUCAGAAGGUCGUUUACCUAGAUUCCGACCUCGUACUCGUCGAUGAUAUAGCUAAACUCGCUGCAACUCCUCUAGGCAAUGAAGCAGUUUUAGCAGCACCGGAAUACUGCAACGCAAAUUUCACCUCCUAUUUCACGCCGACAUUCUGGUCCAAUCCUUCUCUUUCCUUAACCUUCGCGAAUCGAAAACCUUGUUACUUCAACACUGGAGUUAUGGUCGUUGAUCUUGAGAGAUGGAGAGCUGGAGAUUAUACAACAAAAAUUGUGGAAUGGAUGGAGCUUCAGAAGAGAAUGAGGAUUUAUGAACUUGGUUCUUUGCCACCUUUCUUGCUUGUUUUCGCAGGAAAGAUAGCUCCGGUGGAUCACCGGUGGAAUCAACAUGGCCUCGGCGGUGAUAAUUUCAGGGGACUGUGCCGGGAUUUGCAUCCGGGGCCGGUAAGCCUCUUGCAUUGGAGUGGAAAGGGUAAACCGUGGGUUCGACUCGAUGCUAACCGACCUUGCCCUUUGGAUGCUUUGUGGGCACCUUAUGAUCUGUUACAAACGCCAUAUAUUAUUGAUUCUUGAGAUUUUUGUAAUUAGAAAGCACAAGAGAGAUGAGAGAUCUGAGGCUGGAGAUCCUACUCUAUUGUGUAAAAAUCUAUACACAAUAUGACUUUUCUUCCACGGAGAAUGUAAAAAACAUGAAGUUCAUGGGAGAGAAGUCAUGCAUUUUCAAGUAUCCGGGUGACAUCAGAGAUGAUCGUCAUGUGAGUUAAAAGUUCUGUAUAUUAUAUUUAGCUAUAAACAGUCUAAGCAUCGAUGUUUAGUUUAUGCUAAGCAUCGAGUGAUGUUACAGUGUGUCACGUCACUAGUUGCUUAACAUAAGCUGAGUGUUUAGGAAAUCAAUUUCGUAGCUAUAGAUAUCUACUUAUGUACCUCAAAUAUAGUUAAGUUGAAAUCCAAUGUUAAAGAAUCACCAUUAUUGA